GACUUACUAAAUUUUUUAUGUAUAAACAUCAGUCUUUAAAAUUAACUAUUCGAAAUAGUGCUACUAGUGUUAUUAACGAUACUAAUACUAUUCGGGCUAGUUUCAAGAUUCCAACUAUACGUCCUCAGCACAGUCUUACGAAGUUGGAAAAAUUUUAUGCCGAAUAUCUAAAAGUGAAGACACAUCACAAGAGGGAAAAAAAAUCAAAAGCACAAAAACAGAAUGUUGAAAAGUUUAACCAAAAACUAGAUAAAUUGUUCGAUAUUUCGAAUUCCACAAUGGUUAAGAAUUUGCCAAAAGAGCAGCAACAAUUUCUGAAUGAGUGUCAAAAGGGGAAAACCAAUCUUCACUCGCCCGUUACUAAUUUCUUGCCGGUGGAAACUUUUCAGAAUAAAUCUGACACUGAACAGGAGAUAACAAAUGAAGAUAAUGAGAAUAAUACAGACGAAAUUGGCAUGAAAUUAUCGCAACAUUCGAUGCCAGCAAGUUUUUGUAGUCUAUCAUCAAAUUCCAGUGGGUUGAAACGAACAUAUUCUGAUUUUGAGGAUGAACUCCCUGUACCUCCUAAAAAGAAAAAAUCAAUAUUUUUUAAGAUUUGA